AUGCCUAGCUUCUCAACCUUCGUCGCUGCAUUGGCAGCUCUUUCCGCCAGUGCCAUGGCAGCCCCGUCCGUCAGGGCGACCGGUUGCUGCGACACCACUGGGUCCUGCUUAACUGUCUCUGGUACAACCUCAGGUGGUCUGCACUGGUGCUACGGAUACCACUCCGGCAACAUUCCCUUCAACGCAGACGACGGUCUGAAAGCGCAGUGUUUGACCCAAGCCCACGCCAAGCAAAACAAGCAGUGUAUCGACACCCCAGAUAGCUCCUGCAAUUCCGGCAACAGUGCCAACGUAGGCUCCAUGCUUGAAGCACGCCUCGGCGGCGACCACACGCUUGGUCAAGAUGACUCUUUGGCUAUCCAGGCCGCCAUUGGUGCUGCGGUUGCCAACRGUCUCCACUGGAGCGAUGAUACCAGAUUCGGCCCAGGAUUCAUUAGCUUUGCGCAUACCGCAAAAAACGGAGUUAGUAUGCGCGGAGUCGAGGUUUUCAAGAGAAACCUCUGCAAGAAGUGA